AUGAAUUCGCCCGACAACGAAGGGAUGGACAUGUCACUCGUCCGCCGAUACUGCCCUAAAUUCCGCGUACUAAUCAUUGGAAAAGCCAACGCGGGAAAGACCACUAUUCUUCAGAAAGUUUGCAAUACGACGGAGAAUCCGACCGCCGUCGAUACUACAGGAAGAAGGAUGAGUCUUUCGCUGCUCAGACCAAGCGCUGGGCGAGGACAACACGACAUAGAGCAAGGAUACGUGUUCGGUGGCCGUGACGACUUUGUCUUUCACGAUUCGCGAGGAUUUGAAGCAGGUACCGCAGCAGAGCUUGAGCGAGCGAAGGCGUUUAUUAGAAAACGGUCGAGCUUCUCGCACAUAAAGAAUCGGCUGCAUGCCGUAUGGUAUUGUAUUCCGUCAGAUACCCCACGUUUGUUGCUAGAAGAUGAGACGAGCUUUUUCGAGGAAUGCCGUAAAGGAAAUGUCCCGGUCGUGGCUAUCUUCACCAAAUUUGAUUACCGUCAUAAAGAGGCUAUGGCGCAGCUAAUAGAAGGCGGAAUGGACCGCCCAGCUGCCAGACUCGCAGCGCCAGCUCGUGCCAAGGAAGAUUUCGAAGCCAAAUAUAUCAGCAGGCUCUACAAUCGGCCUUACCCACCCCAAAACCACGUAUACGUAUACGACAUGCACUUGCCCAUGACGAAUUGCGACCAACUCAUCAGGGCCACUGUCGACUCUCUCAGCGACCUUUCUCUGAAGCAACUGUUUGUCUCGACACAAAGGAAUCGUAUUCACCUUUACGUCGGAUAUUCAAUAGAACAGUGA